GCGGUGAGGCAGGCACAGCCCCCCGCCCCCAUGGCCGCCCGUCGGAACCCGAGGCGGAGGGGGCGCCGGGGGGCGCCGGCCACCGCCCUGCUUGCCCCACUCGCACUGGGCCUGGGCCUGGCGCUGGCCUGCCUCGGCCUCCUGCUGGCCGCGGUCGGCUUGGGGAGCCGGGCGGCGCCGUCGGACCAGGAGCCUUCCCAGGGGGAGCUGGUGUCAGAGGAGCAUGAGGACCCGCCGGAACUGAAUCCCCAGGCAGAGGAAAACCAGGGUCCCAUGCCAAUCCUGAACCGACUGGCUCGGCCUCGCAGAAGUGCAGCUAAAGGCCGGAAAACUCGAGCUCGAAGAGUGAUUGCAGCCCACUAUGAAGUUCACCCACGGCCAGGACAAGAUGGAGCGCAGGCAGGUGUUGAUGGGACAGUGAGUGGCUGGGAGGAGGCCAAAAUCAACAGCUCCAACCCACUGCGCUAUGACCGCCAGCGAGGGGAAUUCACAGUCACUCGAGCUGGACUCUACUACCUGUACUGUCAGGUGCACUUUGAUGAGGGGAAGGCUGUCUACCUGAAGCUGGACUUGCUGGUGGAUGAGGCCCUGGCCCUGCGUUGUCUAGAAGAGUUCUCGGCCACAGCUGCCAGUUCUCUUGGGACCCAGCUCCGCCUCUGCCAGGUGUCGGGGCUCUUGCCCCUGAGGCCAGGAUCCUCCCUGCGGAUUCGCACCCUCCCCAGGGCCCAACUCAAGGCUGCCCCAUUCCUCACCUACUUUGGACUCUUCCAAAUUCACUGA